UCUUCUUCUCUUCACAAACAUUUCAAGUGUGCGUGUGUUUGCUCGAGGGAGAGAGAGAGGGGGAGAUGAGGGUCACAGAUAUUUUCUGCUCUUCUCCGGCGUCGACGGCCGUACGAUCGAGCACGGUCCAUCAUUCCGGAGAUUCCACCUGCGGCGGUCGGAGACCCUUCGAGCGCCGCCGUACUCAAAACCCUAAUAGCGACAAGUUCUACGUUCGCUGCAUGUCGUCUUCGGAAAUGCCGUCGAUUCCUCUUCCACGUCAAAUGAGCUGCCGAAGCUCCUUCGACGUGGAUCCUCGCCGGAGAAGCUCCGCUCACGGCGGUGAAUCUCGCCGGAAAAGUUCUGCUGACGCCAGCGACCUGAGGAGGAGCAAGACUUCUCUCGGGUCGUCGUCGUCGAGAUAUCUUCUAAAGGAUCAUAAGCUUGAUUCUUUGGAUAAGAAAUGGUUAUCCUUAGAUUACAAUGACCGGUCCAAGGAUUUGAUUCCUCUCCGUGACCGCAACGUUACUUCUUCUUCUUCCUCCUCUUCCUGUUCGUCUUCUUCUUCGUCUUCUUCCAUGAAAGCUCCCUCCUCGGCUCAGUCUCCUGAUCAGGUUGUCGUCUUGAGGGUAUCAAUUCACUGCAAGGGUUGUGAAGGAAAGGUUAGAAAGCACAUCUCAAAAAUGGAAGGGGUGACGUCAUUCGAUAUAGAUUUGGCGACAAAGAAGGUGACAGUGGUCGGAAAUGUAACGCCUUUGGGAGUACUCAACAGCAUCUCCAAAGUCAAGUUCGCUCAGUUCUGGCCUCCUUCUUCUUCUUCAUCUCCUUCACUUCGCCAUAGCCACAACUCAUCACUGCUCAGCGCCUAGGGCUAAUUCCUCGACGGAGUUCAAUGUUAUGUUAUAUAUAUAUAUAUUGUCAAUAUAGACUACGUUAUCUAUGUUAAGGUCACAUAUAAGAACUUUGCGUGAUGUGUUCCAAAAAGUUUGUAAUUCCAAAACCGAAUAAGUUAAUGUUUUCCCACAUCGA